GCUGAUUUAACCACUGCGCCACCUCGGCUCUAAUAUAAUGCCAAACGUCUAGGCCAGGGAACCAUUUUAUGGCUCCAAAAUAUUCUGGGGAAUUAAAGUGUGGUUAAACACGAUCCUUCAAACUGCCAGCUGAGAGUAGGUAUUGCAGUCCUCCGGGGGGUGGUUGGGGGUCACGGAUGCCAAGCCCCGGUGCCCCCCCCCCUCCCCAAGAAGAGAAUGUCUCAAGGUGCCGAAUCUUUCAGCCCUGUUCCAAUAAGGAAGGGGGGGGCUCUUAAGUCUUCACCUGCCUACUUUUAAUGCUUAGAAUAUCUGCUUUCAGCCGAGCUGGUCACGAAACUCUACGAGGCGGCUGUGAAGAAAGUUCCCAGCAGUGAGGAAUACCAUUCCCAUCUCUUCAUGGCUUACGCGAGAGUCGGAGAAUAUAAGAAGAUGCAGCAGGCUGGAAUGGCCCUUUACAAGAUUGUCCCUAAAAACCCGUACUAUUUUUGGUCCGUGAUGAGUUUAAUAAUGCAGUCAAUAUCUGCGCAGGAUGAAAAGCUCUCAAAAACCAUGUUUUUACCCCUAGCUGAAAGGAUGGUAGAAAAAAUGGUGAAAGAAGAUAAAAUCGAAGCUGAAGCAGAAGUAAGACUUUUUUCCCCCCCAUUCUAGGAGGAGAGCCUUCUCGGUGGCAGCUCCGACCCUAUGGAACGAACUCCCCGU